CUAUUUAUUGUAGGGUACUCAUCAAACAGUAUUUUGCACGAUGGAAAAGCAGCCAGAGGGCAAGCCGUUUUUGGACGCCAACUAUAAUUUGAUCAGCGAAGCUGAAAUGCUGGCGCAGCAGGAUAAGUAUCUCAGUCGACUGCAGGAUGUGGCCGCCAGCUGUGAAUACGUAAAGCGUGCCCUUAGCGAGUUCAACCAACUGGAGUUGGAACGCGCCCGGAAGGAGCACUGGGAUCACUAUGUGACCUGCAGUGAACUGCCUCGACCUUUUGAUCCCGGCGAGAUGCGAACGUUUCUAGUCAAAAGGCGUCACUGCGCGGACAUUGAAACGGAAAAAUCUAUAGACUGGACACUGUCGGUGGACGAGUGCAGUGUCCUCAAUCAGAAUAUUUUCAGAGAGGACCGCACACGAGGCUCGUUGCAGACAAAGCUGGGCGUAAACCCCGGCGUGGCUUACGGCAGAGAUGUUCAGAUGUGCCUCGACACACUAAAGAAGAUCGAAGUAAUGCUGGACAACCAGGCCGAAGUAGAGCGAAUGAGUCUGGCGACGCAGCUGGAGGUCUUUGAGGUCCGUGGUGAUUACGAGCGAGAGAUCGACAGCCUCUUCGAUCGCCUUACCUAUCGGGUACUGUCAAUGCAGGCCGUCUACAUGAAAACUGUAGAUGGCAGGGAAGCAACGUGGAGCUACGGGUGCAAGCCAUGGACUAUGGACAUCUGGGGUCUGACGAACGCACACGUGCGAUUCGACCAAUUCGAUAUCCCGGCAAUGAUGGCCGACUUGAGCGCUACGGGCGUCAUGGUGCAGAUGCCACUGAGUGUGCUGAUGGACUGCCUCACCCUUCGCUGUGUCCACACCAGUUUUGACAACUACUCGCAAAAUGCCAAGAGCUAUGAGCAGGCGAUUCCGGAGUGCGACAGCUACCCCAACGCAGGGAUUGCGGAUAUCCAGCAGUCGCUGAUGAGCGAAUGGCACGUGCAGUUGGAAAUGCAGGAGAUGGCACUGGCCGCGAUGGUGCGAAGGCGAGAGCAGUACCUGGAGCUCUUGCAGCUGAUAGAGGAGCGGACCGAACAGGCAUCCAAAAGGGGGAAGGAACAAGCCCAGGGCAAAAACAAGCUACCGAAGAUAGUGGUACCAAAGACCCCAAAAUUGGCGCCGCCGGUGCCUGAGGGCAUGUUGCCCGACAUCCGAGAAGCCUUCUACCAACGGGAGGAAAGUGAUUACAAGGAAUAUCUCAACGAGAUCUACCAUCCACAGAAACUAAAUAUGACCGCUGAUGAGAUUAAUCUCAGGCAGCACAUAAUGCUGGGUGGGAUCUAUUCGAUCAUGUUUGUGCGUCGACCGAUGCAAAUGCAGUUCCAGAAGUUCAACGUGGUUCUCCACGAGGAUGGGCGGAUUCUGCACACGAUGCCGGAUGUGGUAGCCGAAAUGGGAGGAGGCUGCGCAAUGCCGGAGUUCCGCCGCACACAAAUAUCGCAGAGCCGCAAGCAGACGCCGGUCGGGUCGCGCAUUCGCUUGACUACAGCCCUUGAGGCUCGACAGAGCAACAUACGGCUUCAGGACAAUGAGCUGCCGUACUUCAUUGUGACUAUCCAGCUACCACAGGGGCUCUGCAAGUGGUGUGAGCCUCUGGUCUGCCAGUAUGUAACGGACAUGGUGCCCAUUGAGGAGACACCAGCCUUCGACGGCAGUGAAGUUGCGGAGGAUCGGGUCAAUAGACAGAUGCCAUCCCCGAGUGGACUUAUAAAGCCGAGCCGCGAUCAAAGAAGUGCCAGCCAGCCAGUAUCCAAUAUUUUUCGUCCCUCGCAAUUGUCGAUUCUGCGGCAGAGUAGACUGGAACCCAUUCAGGCGAUAUUCGCGCCGAUUCUCAAUUUUGACUUGCUUAAAACAUUGACCCUUACAGAAAUGAGGAACCUGCAAAAGUUCUCUUUUCCUCGCAUAAUUUCCUCCUUCCAGUUUCCCACAGACUUUUUGGACGAAGAGCUGGAAUUGCAAUCACAGGAGAAGCAGAAGGGCAAGGCCUUGUUUAUAAACAGGGUACAGGAUUUCGAGGAAAUUGUCGAGCGACCAAUACGCGAAUUCGAAUUUGAAUCGCAGCACAAGCCAGAGCGCAUUUUUCCCUUCUUCGAUAAUGCCCAGCGUUACAUGUGUACGGAGGACACCCUAAUGAACCAGACAUUGCACGGGUUCCUGAAUACCCUGGAGAAGAUCAAAGGGCAAUACCUGGAAAGGCCCAAGGAUCUGAUUCGCCAGUAUGUCGAAACCAAGGAAGAUAAGAGAGAAAAGUUAGCCAUAGCCGAAACGGAGCCGACGAUGCAUGUGUAUCGACGAGCCACAGCUCUUUCACACAGAAAGAGCCAUCAUUCCAGCAAGACUGACGUAGACAACUCCCCCGAAAAAGCCAACAGUUCCAGCAGCAGCGAAAUCGAGCCAGAUGGGCCGAUGAAGGAGGUGGUACACUGGACCACAAAGCACAUCGUAGGCACCACGUUCGACAGAGAGGCCAAUACAAUCACCUUUAGGACAGAUCGUUUGGGUAUCUUCGGCUUGGCCUUCAAGCGCUACGAGCAUUUUCCCUUCCGCGACUGGUCCCUGCAGCCCAACGAGGAGAAUCCCGAUGAGAUCAUUCUCCAGUUGGACACGUACCAUGUGCGCGUGUUUCUCUAUAUUACAGCGAAGGGAGUGCGUGGGUAUGCGACCGACCUGGGCAGCGCGUACACUGCCAAGCCUGUUAAGUAUCUGGAAAUCGUUGAGCCCAUAUCCGAUUUUCGUGACUUCCGCAAGAUUUUUUUGGAGAAGAACAUCAACAUCUUUGCCGAGAACGAUGCCAGUUUCUAUAUCGGAAAGGGCUACUUUUCCAUCAAGCAUGUGGCCGCAGAGCUCCACACAUACGACGUGAUGGCCCUCCACUGUAAGCUGAUAAAGUUCUAUCGGUCCAGCUGGAACCGCUUGGCCUCUCGUCGCGACAUCAUUGUGGGCAUGAAGAAUGCCAAGGACCCUUCGGACUAUUCCGAAGUAACGAUGCGCGUAACUCCUGACAGUGCGAAGUUCGUGAAGAUCUCAGAGCUCUGCUCGGACGACGUAAAUGUCAUUCGGCUGGAGUAUGAGAACACGUGGCGCAACGUGACCCACUUUACGGAUCUGCAUCAGGCCGUUUGCUCGAUGAAUGCCAGUGCCUUGGAUAUGUGCAACAAAGAUACGCUUCUUCUGUUCUUUAUUCGCCGGUUGUUGGGUGAGAUUCGUGUAUUGAGUUAUUCUUAGUUUAGUUCCAACGUCGAUUGAGGUUCGUAAAUGAAGUUAUGUUGUAGGUAUCCAGGAGAGUAGUACAAAGUGUGCCUAAAAACACACGCACAAAAAU